AUGGUUGGAAGCUGCUCAUUAUUGUCAACAUUAAUUAAUGGCAUACUAUUUUGGUUUGGUGUCAAUCGGACAUCACAUCACUUUUGUAUCGAAUUCUGUCUUAUUCUUAUCGAUAUAUUUUCAAUUAUGUCGCUGUUUUAUGGAGUUCUGCACAUGCGACCUAAUUUUUUGAAACCAUACGUUUAUUUUACGGUAGCAUGGUGCGUGGCACUAGUUCUUUUAUUCAUUCUCUCUUUGAUAGAGCUGAUAAAUGGUGAUGAGCUUCCCAUCAACAUAAUCAUUUCAGUAGCGGAUAUUUUCAAUUUGGGACAACCCGGAGAUACGCUUCAGAAUUCAAGCGCGCUGCUUACAAUUUUAUCAUUAAUCGGUUUAUUAGUUUCAAUUGCUUUCAAUAUUUGGUUCUUGUGUGUGACAUUCGAAUAUUAUCAAUGGUUAACAACGCAAACAACGAAACCACUCCACCUCAACAACCAUCACCACCACAUCUUGACACCACCUCUGUUAUCAGUUUCAGAAUCCUAA